AGGGCGAUGGCGCCGAGCUGCGAAUCUCUGUCGGCGCCUCGAGGUGGGCGGGCGGGCGGCGAGCCGUACGCCGCCGCAGGCAGGGUGAGGAGGGGAACGGCGCCCUACGCCCCGGGCCGCCGCCGGUCUCCGCAUUGCUGAACUCCAUAAAUGUUUACCUACUUGAUGGCUGACUGACUUCCAGGAGGAUUGUACAAACAUAAUUUUUUUAGGGUUGUACCUGGGUACUGUUUCUUGUUUCCAGUGGCUGGUCUGUUAAACCUGGAAUAAAAGGAAACGUUCAAAAUUCUGUAGCGUUCAUGUCAGGUGUGGGGAGGAAUUGAUCUCAGUAUGCACCAACUAGCUGAUGAUGAUUGAAGCACUGAGUCAAGUCAGAUGAAGAGUGUCAAAUGGAGUCUACGAAUGGGAAACCAAGAUGGCAGUUCCACUGUUGAUUGAGAGGUUGAGGAAAUGGACUAAUGCAUGAGUGCUGUGAUAUAUCCAUCCAAGACAGGGACAUUUUAACAUGGACUUCAGUGUUACUAAACCAGAGAAGAUUUGGGUUUGUGAUCAUCCUACCAAAAUGGACUUGAAUUUCUAAAGGGUGUUGUACAUGCAAACAGAAAAUGGCUCUGUUUUUGAGGUGUGGGUGGCAAAACUUUAUACUCCAAGAAAUGUAUACUUAACAGGGGAAUUAAGUUGAUAUCCGGUAUAUUAUUACCUAUUUGGGCAAAAUGUAUUGUUAUGCUAUUUUUAAGUGACUUAUUUAAUAAAUGGUUUUUUUACACUUUAUUCUUGGUUUGUCUUUUUCCUGGCUGAAAAAUACUUAGAAUGUAUUGAUGUUUAGGUGCAUUACAUUUCUUUGAUCAUUGGAUUCUGAAAAUGAGAAAUAUUUUUAAUGCUGGUAAAUACUGAGGGCUUUGUAAGCUUUAUGAAAUACUUAACUUAAAUAUGGCUAUAUUUGGUUUCAAAGACUCUUCAGUUUCUCAAUUUCCAAUAUUUUAUUUUGAGUUAAAAUGUUCAGUUUUUUAAUUUUUCUCAGACUUGGUCAGUUGUCAGUCCUUUUUGUUAAAUUUUCUGAAGCUAUCAUAGGAUGGUACAAAUUUCAAAUGUAUUGGCAAACUGAGCAAUAAAAUGCAUGGUCAUUGGCUUGCAGUGAAGGGUCAUCCUGAACUAUCUUUGUUUUUGUUGUUUGUUUGUGUGGAGGGGUUUGGGGGUGUGUGCACAAAACCUUUAUAGUGAUCUUCAAAUGAGUUGCCUGAACAACUUCUUUGCUAAAUUUCAGGUGCUUUGUGUUGGAAACUUGUUACAUUUUGGAUUGAUUUUUUUAAAAAAACAACCCUAUACCAUUCUAAAAGAAAUUACUUCCAUGGAGUUGAGUACCUUGGCUUAAUGAGUGUUUAAACCAAUCUAUUAAAAUUAGUCUCUACGAGUGUCCAAUACGUUUCAUGGCCAUCCUCUAUACUAUGAAUUUCUUGUUGACUUAAUAACUCCUUACAAAUACGUGUCAAGUGGAGUUAUUUUGAUCUUAUUACUAGAUAAAAAACAACAAAGUUAACCUAUGUGAGAGAGUAUUUUUAAAAGUCAGUUAUUGUUCAAAAAUCACUUUGCUGCUUACAAGAAAUGUAUGUUCAACCAUUGGCUACAGAGAAACAAUUGCAUACUUAAAUUUCAUCUUGAACAGGUAGCCCAACUUUUCUCCUCAUAACUGAAUACCAAGACAGACCUAGGUUAAUUGAGAUAAUCUGUACAAAAGGGAUCUCCAGAUGAUAAAUAUUAUAGAUUUAGCAUGAGAUAUGUUUAACUGUCAUUCAUUGAGAUAAAUUGGUGGAAAUCUUCAUUCUUAACAUAUGGUAAUGGCUGUUCAUAACUGUUUAAUCUUGCAGUGUUGAAUGUACACACUUACCUAGCCAGUCUUGUUUCUGCUAUUUAUUAUAUGGUGCAGUUGAGUAUUAGAUUGUCUAAAAAAGACUGAGUAUUCAAACUAAUAGAUUUGUGCUGUGUGUGCAGAGGGUCACUAGCUUUCUUCUAUAUUUAUAUAAUCACUCACUAGACAAUAUUGCACUAUUUUGGAAUAGCACAUCUAAUUUACACAACCCUCAUUUUACUGCAUUGAAGAGACAGGUUGGGUUGACUGACUGAGGGCAAGAAUGGGAAGGAUAUGGAGGAGUUGAAAUAAAAAAAAUAACUUGGGUUUUACUGGUAGAGCUUGCUGUUGGCCAUUGGUUGGGAUAGUGUACCAUUUUUGAUACUUAGCAUAAAGCCCAAAUCAAAACAUUACCAAAAAAUCUGAAACACUGACGCCUGAUUCCAAUAUCUUGUAAAAUGGAUAAUGUGUGAAAAGCUCAGGUGACACUUAUAGUUGGCUGUCACUUUUGCUUGUUGUGGGAGGAGUGGUGGGCAUAAGGGCAUCUCUUGUGCUUAGAUUCUCUCCAGUUCCUCAAUGAGUGGUGUUUUCUCUACCAGGAUGUAGUAUCUGAGAAUUUACUUGGCUUGUAAUGAAUAACUAAUUCUGCACCUUGAAUUCUACAUUACUGUAAAAAGUCCACUUUGGGAUGUUAUAGUCUAUUAUAAACAAUAAUGGUUAAGGAAUGGGCAGUACUUAUCUGGGUGCUAUAUUUUCUUUGCCGUAGUGUCUUCAGUUAAUGAAUUAAAAUAACAUAGCUAUUUAAUUUUACUCUUCUCAAGAACCACCAGGGAGGCGCUGUUGAGUUGAAAGGGUUACUGGCAAAUUGCUUUCUUUAGGGAGUAGUGACUUCCCAUUUUUCAAGCUUGUAUUAUAGGUAUUGAGUGACAAGGGAAGGAAUUAUUGAUGGAUUUUUUUUUUGAUUGAAUUUAAAAAAAAAAAUUGCUACCCAUUGGGUGGGGUUGACUUCCAAGGAGGGUUGUUGCUCAAAUCUGGUUAUUAGUCCCUCUUCCAUUCUUUCAAAAUGGCUUGUUACAGCACCACUUCCUGUCCAGGGAGGAAGUAAUUUUAGCCCAUGGACUGAAAUAUUUAGCAAAUCUUUAAAACAAAAGAAACACAUUACAUUUCUUUCUGGCUUGAAAAGGGUUCCUGAGCCAGAUGGGGUUAAGGUGCCCCCUCAGAUGGGGUAGUUUGAAGAAGCCAAGGAUGUGGGGGGGUGGCAGGCACCCUUUAGGUGGAGGCUAUCUCUUUUUUUUUGGUAGAAAUGAAGGGGUGGGUCUAUGGUACAUCACCUGAGUUGUGGGGUAAAUGUAGAGAGUGUCAAUCAAAGGCAGAGCUCAGAGCUGGGAAGGAGCUCUAGAUGGCGGCUGUGCCUUAGAGAGAGCGCGCUGAGCUCCGUGCCUUCCCAACACUUUACGCAACUUUCCCUAACUUUCGGGCAGCCUCAGGGGGCCCCCAGAGCCCCUUACCUGUUCUAGGCACGAAGCGGGGGCAAAUUGAGCCUUUUUCGGGCAGAAAAGCAGCUUUUGGGGGCUCUCUUUUCGUGCCUUGCUGGAAAGAAGAAGCCGUGGAGAGAGCCCAGGUCGUUGUUUUUCCAGCUUAGAAGCCAUGGCGUACCUCCAUUUUUGUGCGCUCUCCUAAUGAGCUUUUCCCCCGGACAUUUUUUGUACUAAUUAUCGCUGCUUUUUACUUUCACAGCAGUAUAUUUUUGAGGAUUAGAAUCUAUUUAUUUUUUUGUAUUAUCUAAAAAUAUAUAGUUAUCGUUUUAGCCUCCAAAUAUUUUGGAUCUGAUGUUUUUCCACUACCCGAAACUAAUAUCGGCUUGGUCCUGGCGGUGGUGCAUGGAUCAGUAAAUACCUGGGCACAGGACAUCAAAGCAAACACAGAUACCCCCCUUAAAUAUUUAAGAAUUAAAAGAUGAUGAGAAAUGAGGACAAAAGCCAAGGAGAGGAGGGUUCAGUACACAGCAAUGCAUCGAGUCACUCAGCAUCUGAAGAGGCCUCUGGCUCCGACUCUGCAAGCCAAUCUGAAAGCGAUCAGGGGAGCGAACAGGGCAGUGAGCAUGGCAGCGAGACAAACAGCAGCUCAGAGUCCUCCGAAAGCCAAUCUGAAUCGGAAAGCGAGUCAACAGGUUCGAAAUCCCAGCAGACCCCACCUGAAACCAAAGAAAAACCAGCCAGCAAGAAGGAAAGGAUAGCAGAUGUAAAAAAGAUGUGGGAAGAAUAUCCUGAUGUUUAUGGGGUUAGGAGAUCAAACCGAAGCAGACAAGAACCAUCGCGAUUUAAUAUAAAAGAAGAGGCAAGUAGUGAAUCUGAAAAUGAAAGCCCAAAAAGAAGAGGCCAGAAGCAAAUGAGAAAACCAGGUAAAUGGAAAAGGGAGGCUUCUGGGGAAGAGGAGGAUGAAAAUGGUGCGGAGCAAGGCUCCAGUGCAGAUAGUGAACCAGAACAGAAGAAAGUUAAAGCCAGGAGACCAGUCCUGAGAAGAGCAGUGGUCAAAGCCAGUGUUAAAAAGACCCACAAGCCCCAACGUGGUAAGAGGAGAAAGAAACAAGACUCGUCUGAAGAUGAAGAUGAUGAUGAAGACGAUGAGACUCCCAAAAGGCAAACCCGGCGCAGAGCGGCUAAAAAUGUCAGUUACAAAGAAGAUGAUGAUUUUGAGACGGACUCCGAUGACCUGAUUGAGAUGACCGGGGAAGGGGCCGACGAACAGCAGGACAACAGCGAGACCAUUGAGAAAGUCAUGGACGUCAGGGUUGGAAAGAAAGGAGCCACUGGUGCUUCUACCACUGUGUAUGAGACUGAGGCCAACGGCAAUCCCAGCGCUGACUUUGACCCUGAAAAGGAUGAGGGAGAGAUUCAAUACUUGAUCAAGUGGAAGAGCUGGUCGUACAUUCACAGCACAUGGGAGAGUGAAGAGUCCCUGCAGCAGCAGAAGGUGAAGGGCCUGAAAAAACUAGAGAACUUCAAGAAAAAAGAGGAUGAAAUCAAACAAUGGCUAGCCAAGGUAUCUCCUGAAGAUGUGGAAUACUUCAGUUGCCAACAGGAGCUUGCUGCAGAGUUGAACAAACAGUAUCAGAUAGUGGAGAGAGUGAUUGCUGUGAAGACCAACAAGUCUGCAAUGGGACAUUCUGAGUUCCCAGCUCACAGUCGGAAAUUGUCCUCUAAUGAGCCUGAAUAUCUGUGCAAGUGGAUGGGGUUGCCGUAUGCAGAGUGCAGCUGGGAAGACGAGGCCUUGAUUAGCAAGAAAUUUCAACACUGCAUUGACAGCUUCAACCAUCGCAACAACUCCAAAACCAUUCCCACUCGGGACUGCAAGGUGUUGAAGCAGAGACCCAGAUUUGUUGCUUUGAAGAAACAGCCUUCUUACAUUGGUGGCGAGAACCUGGAGCUCCGAGAUUACCAGCUGGAGGGGCUCAACUGGCUUGCUCACUCGUGGUGCAAGAACAACAGCGUGAUCUUGGCUGAUGAAAUGGGCUUGGGGAAGACUAUCCAGACAAUAUCAUUCCUCUCCUAUCUCUUCUAUCAGCAUCAGCUGUACGGCCCCUUUCUGAUAGUGGUGCCCUUGUCUACUCUGACGUCGUGGCAGAGAGAGUUUGAAAUCUGGGCACCAGAGAUUAAUGUGGUCGUUUACAUAGGAGACAUGAUGAGUAGAAACACGAUCCGUGAAUAUGAGUGGAUCCAUUCUCAGACUAAAAGGCUGAAGUUCAAUGCACUUAUCACAACAUAUGAGAUCCUCCUCAAAGAUAAGACUGUUCUGGGCAGCAUUAAUUGGGCCUUCCUGGGUGUGGACGAAGCCCAUCGGUUGAAGAACGAUGACUCUUUGCUGUAUAAAACUCUGCUUGAUUUCAAGUCCAACCACAGGCUCCUGAUCACUGGGACCCCACUUCAGAAUUCUCUCAAAGAGCUCUGGUCAUUGCUGCACUUUAUCAUGCCGGAGAAGUUUGAGUUCUGGGAGGAUUUUGAAGAUGAUCAUGGGAAAGGGAGAGAGAAUGGCUACCAGAGCCUUCACAAAGUCCUGGAGCCUUUCCUUCUGCGCAGGGUGAAGAAGGAUGUGGAGAAAUCCCUGCCGGCCAAAGUGGAGCAGAUUCUCCGGGUGGAAAUGUCUGCCCUGCAGAAGCAGUAUUAUAAGUGGAUUUUGACAAGAAAUUACAAGGCUCUCUCGAAGGGGACAAGAGGAAGCACGUCUGGCUUCCUUAACAUUGUGAUGGAGCUGAAAAAGUGCUGCAACCAUUGCUAUCUCAUUAAAACUCCGGAAGAAAAUGAAAGGGAGACUGGCAUGGAAAUGCUGAUGUCUCUAAUCAGGAGCAGUGGAAAGCUAAUUCUCUUGGACAAACUGCUGACUAGGCUGCGUGAGAGGGGUAACAGAGUCCUGAUCUUCUCCCAGAUGGUGAGGAUGCUGGACAUCUUGGCAGAAUACUUGGCUAUCAAGCACUACCCUUUCCAGCGCUUGGACGGCUCAAUCAAAGGGGAGAUCCGAAAGCAAGCGCUGGAUCACUUCAACGCGGAAGGCUCUGAGGACUUCUGUUUUUUGCUGUCAACACGAGCUGGCGGACUGGGGAUUAACCUGGCUUCUGCGGACACUGUGGUUAUCUUUGACUCGGACUGGAACCCCCAGAAUGACUUGCAGGCUCAGGCUCGGGCUCACAGAAUUGGACAGAAGAAGCAGGUGAACAUUUACCGCUUAGUCACAAAAGGGACAGUGGAAGAGGAGAUCAUCGAAAGGGCUAAGAAAAAGAUGGUGUUAGAUCAUCUGGUGAUCCAGCGUAUGGACACCACAGGCCGUACUGUUCUGGAUAACAACUCUGGAAGAUCCAACUCAAAUCCUUUCAACAAAGAGGAGUUGACAGCUAUUCUGAAGUUUGGAGCUGAGGAUCUCUUCAAGGAGAUUGAAGGGGAAGAAUCGGAGCCACAGGAAAUGGAUAUUGAUGAGAUUUUACGCCUGGCUGAAACACGAGAGAACGAAGUGUCCUCGAGCGCCACGGAUGAGCUUCUGUCUCAAUUCAAGGUAGCCAAUUUUGCAACCAUGGAGGAGGAAGAGACUGAGCUGGACGAGAGGUCCCAGAGGGACUGGGAUGAUAUUAUUCCUGAAGAGCAAAGGAAGAAAGUGGAGGAGGAGGAAAGACAGAAGGAGUUGGAAGAAAUCUAUAUGCUGCCCAGAAUCCGCAGCUCCACUAAAAAGGCUCAGGCAAAUGACAGUGAUUCUGAUGCUGAAUCAAAGAGAAGGAUACACAGGUCAUCUGGAUCAGAGAGUGAGACGGACGAUACUGAUGACGAUAAAAGGCCAAAGCGCCGGGGGCGCCCACGGAGCGUUAGGAAAGACACGGUGGAAGGAUUUACUGAUGCCGAAAUCAGGAGGUUUAUCAAGGCUUAUAAGAAGUUUGGGCUUCCACUCGAACGACUGGAGUGCAUUGCUCGUGAUGCCGAGCUGGUGGACAAGUCCAUAGCUGAUCUGAAACGUCUAGGGGAACUUAUUCACAACAGCUGUGUGUCGGCAAUGCAGGAAUACGAGGAGCAGCUGAAAGAAAACCCCGGUGAGGGGAAAGGGCCUGGGAAAAGGAGGGGUCCUACCCUCAAGAUCUCUGGUGUCCAAGUCAACGUGAAAUCCAUCAUCCAACAUGAAGAAGAGUUUGAAAUGCUGCACAAAUCCAUUCCCACGGACCUGGAGGAGAAGAGGAAGUACUGCCUGACCUGCCGCGUCAAAGCUGCUCAUUUUGAUGUAGACUGGGGAGUGGAGGAUGAUUCUCGUUUAUUGCUGGGAAUUUAUGAACAUGGCUAUGGAAACUGGGAGCUAAUUAAAACGGACCCAGAACUGAAGUUAACAGAUAAGAUCCUACCUGUUGAGACAGAUAAGAAGCCUCAGGGAAAGCAGCUCCAGACCCGUGUUGAUUAUCUGCUGAAAUUGCUGAAGAAAGAUCUGGAGAAGAAGGAAACUGUGAAAGAUGGGGAAGAGGCCAAACUGAAGAAGAGGAAACCACGCGUGAAGAAAGAGAACAAAGCUCCCAAAGUCAAAGAUGAGCAUGGAAAUGACCUGUCCUCUCCUCGGCACUCGGACAACCAGUCAGAAGAGGGUGAAGUCAAGGAGGAUGGCUUGGAAAAGAGCCCAGUGAAAAAGAAACAGAAGAAGAAAGAGAACAAAGAGAACAAGGAAAAACAGUCAACCACAAAGAAAGAAAAGGAAGGCGAAAAAGAGAAAAAGAAAACAAAGGAUAAGAAGGAGAAGGCCAAAGGUAGUGAGACCAAGUCUGGAAGCAAAGGGAAGCGAUCUCAAGGUCCUGUCCACAUUACAGCAGGGAGUGAGCCCAUCCCCAUUGGAGAAGAUGAGGAUGAUGACCUGGACCAGGAAACGUUCAGCAUAUGCAAAGAGAGGAUGAGGCCAGUGAAAAAGGCACUGAAGCAACUGGACAAGCCAGAUAAGGGACUGACAGUGCAAGAACAGCUGGAGCAUACUCGCAACUGCCUCCUGAAAAUUGGAGAUCGCAUCUCAGAGUGCCUUAAAGCCUACUCUGACCAGGAGCACAUCAAACUAUGGAGAAGGAACCUCUGGAUAUUUGUGUCCAAGUUCACAGAAUUUGAUGCCAGAAAAUUGCACAAACUCUACAAAAUGGCUCACAAAAAAAGAUCCCAGGAAGAGGAGCAGGAGCAGAAGAAGAAGGAGGACAUGGCUGGCAGCAAAAGGCUAUUCCGCCCAGAGCCUUCUGGCUCCAGCCGGGAUUCCCUCAUGUCUCAGUCUCACCUGCCUCCCAACCCUCAUUCUCAGAAACUCCACCUGCCCCCCUCGCACCCUCAGCAGAUGCACGGGCACCAGCGGGACAACUACAGUCACCCUAACAAGAGACACUUCAGUAACACAGAUCGAGGAGACUGGCAGAGAGAUCGGAAAUUUAACUAUGGUGGCAACAGCAACCAGGUUUGGGGUGGAGAACGGCAUCACCAGUACGAGCAGCACUGGUACAAGGAUCACCACUACGGGGAUCGUCGGUCUCGUGGCGACCCCCACCGAAGCUCCGGGAACUACCGACCAAAUAAUCUCUCCCGCAAGAGGCCGUAUGAGCAGUACAACAGUGACCGAGACCACAGGGGACACAGAGAUUAUUAUGACAGACACCAUCACGAUUCCAAGCGGCGAAGAUCCGAGGAGUUCAGGCCCCAGAACUACCACCAGCAGGAAUUCAGAAGAAUGUCUGAUCACAGGCCACCCAUGGGAUACCACGGCCAGGGACCUUCGGACCAUUACCGGUCCUUCCAUACAGACAAAUCGGGAGAUUACAAACAGCCUCUUCCCCCUCCUCACUCCCAAGUCUCGGACCCUCGCUCACCCCCGUCUCAAAAAUCCCCUCAUGAGUCCAAGUCACCCUUGGAUCACAGGUCGCCCCUGGACAGGUCAUUAGAACAGAAAAACAAUCCAGAUUAUAACUGGAAUGUUCGAAAAACAUAAAUGACUGGGAGAGGAGGGAGAGAGCGCAUCUGAAAUACUUGGUCUGAUGCAACAGCGGCUGCUUUUCCAAACCGCUAACCGGAGACUCUGAACAUGCUGCUAUUAUCUUGCUGGGUGAAGGAGGAUUCGGGGGAGUGGGCGGGGGCUCUCCCCAGCUGUUAGUUCUGGUCUGGAUUCCUUUUUCAUAUCCCCCUUCUCCAGUCUGGCAUUGGAACUGGAUCCAUUGCCCGCAGGGGGGAACAGGUGUCAUUAUUUGCUUUAGUUUUGUUUUUCGUUGAAGGCUGCAUCCGACAGACUCUUGUGAAUGUUUCACAACUGCGGAGCUUUCCCAGAGCCAAGGACGUGGAUUGAUGCUGCUUAA